AUGGGAUCAACUGUCACUCGACUCGACUCUGACUCACUCGAGACUACCGGUAUCUCUAGCCCUAGUGCACCUCAGAAUCGACACGACUUGGAGUCGUGGAGUCUGGAUCUUUGGAUCUUUGGAUCCACUCUUGCAUCUUGCAUCAUUCUCGAUUCGAUUCGAUUCUCAUCAAGAAUGACACCAGCAAUGACUCGACUUGUGAUAUUGUAUGGAAUGGGAGGUCUCUCCGAUGUUGGACGGCACGCUGUCCAAGUGGCGGUAGAAAAACGCCUCAAGGGAGAAGUCGAAGGAAUCAUCAAAGUGUUGACACCUUAUCCCGAACUUCUCGAUGAACCCAACUGGAACUGUGGCUGUACCGAGGAACACAAGUUUACAGAAGAAGAAAAGAAACUGUUUGAUCUGGUUCAUGUCAAGGACUGGAGUGAUAAAAGCUUGAUUUCUCACUUCAAGGACGCUACUGCCGUGAUUUCUUGUGUGGGAAACCGCCAACCUACCUUCAUGGGUGUCAAACCCGAUAGCUGGUGUUCUCUGGAGGGCAAUCAACUCGUCAUUUCUGCCAUGAAGGAACACUCCAUCCAACGAGCCGUGGUCUGUUCCUCCAUGGGAAUCAACGAAGAUUGGCCACCGGCAGAGUUUCAUUGGGCUGGCAAGGCCAUGUCGCUCAUCUUUACCGUGUUUGCUCGCAAGGCAUACAGAGACUUGGCCGACAUGGAAAAUGCCUAUCGAGCCUCGGAUUUGGAUUACUUGCUAGUACGACCCGUGGGAAUUGGAGAAGAUUUUGUGCCCGAAAAUGAGUGGCACUUGCAAACUGAAAAACACAAGGACACAGAUUUGCACAUGGAAAUUGCCAAACUGGAUGUGGCUAGGUAUAUGGUGCAAGAAGUUUUGGCACCCACAAGACACAAAGAUGCAGUUGUUAUUGGAGGCAUCAAGAAAGAUCGUCCAAAGCCAGAAAAGAAGUAA